CAUUAGUUGUGCAUGUCCCACUGUUUUCAGCUUAAUGCUUCUCAAGAAACAGAGUUUUUGCUGGCUGCCAGGAAAAGGAUUCAUGAGUUGUUUGAACGCUUAGCCCAUGAUGGAUCCCAGAUGGCUGACCAUUUAAAGGUCACCGGCUAUAUAAUGGGCUAUUUGUCCAUUCUGACGGGACACAGAUCAGUCGUUCUGACCAAUAUGACAAAGCAGAACGUCCUCGACUGUCAGGUUUGGUCUGAUGGGAAUCGAUUCCAAGUCAUGGUUGAUGACAACAAGACUGUGCGGUCAUUUGGCCAGGCUGCCUUUUGCCUCAACAAGGCUGAAUAUGGGUGGCUACAACACAUGAGCCAGGGAAAAUGCUGUGUGAGAGGUCAGGACUGCCUGUACAUUUUCCACACCUCACUCGGCCUUCAAAUUGCCAAGCCCGCCAACUUCCUCAACAUUGCAUGGGUGGAUGCCGGGAUGAAAGGACAAAUUGAUUUUAACAAGAUCAGGAGCAGCGUCUCAACACAAGCAAACGAUUACCUAUCGGAGAAGGAGAGACGGCAGGUGGCCAAAGCCAUGUGCCAUGACCCGGACACGGCCGAAAGAUUUUAUGUGGCUCUGCCGGACAAAGAAGCAUGCUAUAGAACCAGAGUGCUCAGGAUGAAGGCUCUCCAGUUGGCCACUGAAAACCCUUCUAAAGAGGACCAACCAAGUGACAACGCUGAGGAAGCUCUGUUGGCUGGUUCUCCAGACACGAGCUCAGACAGUGACGAGCCGACAUAUGACGAUGAACCAGAUACCAGCUCGUCACUGUCUCCUGAGGAGAUGAGGAUCAUGAAACGCAAACGGGGUUUUGAUGUUUCAUCAUCAGAUGAAGAACACCUGGCAGAUGAGAAGAGCACAGAGUCUGUAGUCUCCCCGUCAAAAUGCUCGGUGGUUGUGGACCGGAUGAAACCAUCCAUUUUUAAGUAUUUUAAUGAAAAAAGGAACACAGCAGAUGUGCCACGAGGAUGCGAGCCUGAAACCAGUGAGUAGUGUGCCACCAGAUUCAAUGUUCCUGUUCGAUGAAUGUUAUUAACAUUUAUAUCUGCCUCGGCAAUAACAGUUUCUACAUCCUGUUGGAUUCAUUGUUGUUGUUUACAUAGUUCUCCUUAUAAGAAACUUGUUUUAUUAGUGUGAUAAGUAUUGUUGAAAUGUUACUAACCUUAAACCUGUAAAACAAAAAUGUAAAUAGUUAUCUCUCAAAAAAAUGUUAAUCAACCCCAACACCUGUUUGUGAAGGCCCUAUGUUCUUUGUUUUGUUUUUUAAAUUGUAUAAAGUUCAUUACCUUUUUACAAAAAAUAAAAGAAAAAGGGAUAAAAAUGAUGACAAGAUGGGACAAGUUCAAAGAAGACCAAAGAAUGGAACCACCAGGUUCUGUUCAUGGCCAUAGCCAGAACAAACCCAGAUCUGAAUCCCUCUUAAAACAAGAUAAUGGAGUAAUUUUCAUACAUGAGGAAAAGAUCCUACCACUGGAGGUCAACACCUAAUGGAAAAAGAGAUUCUAAUAAUAGAUAUUAAGAAAUCCCUAUCCUCUCCUCUUUUCCCUCAUGAAAAUGAGGGAGUAGGGGGAGGCAGAGUAUACAGCCCGGUAGGCGGGGGAGGGCUUAGCCCGGACAGGCUUCUCUCCCCGACUCUGCUUCCCUCAUCAUAUAAAUUAUAUCACCAAGAAAAUAAAGAAAUAGCAAUUAAAAAGAAAAAAAACUUCAAAUCUUAUCAGUUUAUGGGAUUGGAUUUUAAAACAAUUAAACAAACAGCAACAGGACCCUAAUUAAAUUUCCAGAAUGAUCAAAUUCAUUCUUUAAUCAUAUAAUACAAAAAACAUUAUCACAAAGAAGAAGUUACAAAACAAUUAGAUUAAAGAUAAAAACCAAACCACUUUUAUGAAAAAAUAGUUAUUCUUUAACAAUAAAUCAAUCUUUUACCCAGACGAAUUACAAUUGCCACAAAGAUCUAACUUAUUUCAGAUUAAGAAAAAAAGCAUUUGAACUAUAUUAUCACAAAAGAAAUAAGUAUAAAACAAUUGGGGGAAAGACAUGAAACUGAAUCACUUAAAGGAGAAUUAGAGAGAAAUGGGGAACUAAUAAAUCAAAUAACAAACACCAAUGGAUUCUAAUUAAACUUCUACAAGGUUUACAUUCACCUAAGAGUAAUACAAAACAGGGUUAGGAUAGGGGAACUGAGCCCGCCUCCUAUUGAAGGUGGCAGAAGGUGCACGGUCCUUCCCCCAGGGGGCUACCUGGUCCCAGUUUCGCUGACGACCUUGUCGCCUCCCGUAUCUCACUGUAGUCCAUCCCUCAUUGUUUUGGUUAGAGUAACCCAUUUUGUGUUAUGUGUGAUUGUGUUUUUUAAUUAUUUAUUUAUUUAUUUAUAGAUGAUUUAUAGUUGCUUGUACAGUCUCCUUGGUUAUCUGUCUAUAA